UAGAGACAAUCGCAGAAACUGCAGAGCAGAGAGCGGCGCAGCCGGAGAUGGAGCCGGAUGGCAAAGAUUCUGUAUCUUUAUUCAGGAGCAUAAGGUUGCUUGCUGAUCACAAGAAGAUGUUGCUGUGGCUCGUUCUGGUUUUGUCAGCCCAGGUUUCUUCUACAAAUGCAGAUCCUGACAUCUCGGUGGGAAUUUGCAAUGUUUGCUCGUGUGUGUCAGUUGAGAAUGUACUGUAUGUCAAUUGCGAGAAGGUUGCAGUCUACCGACCAAAUCAGCUCAAACCACCUUGGUCUAAUUUUUACCAUCUUAAUUUUCAGAACAACCUCCUGAUUAUUCUAUAUCCAAAUACAUUUCUUAAUUUUACACAUGCAGUGUCCCUGCAACUGGGUAACAAUAAAUUGCAGAACAUUGAGGGAGGAGCAUUCCUUGGGCUCAGUGCAUUAAAACAGUUGCACUUGAACAACAAUGAAUUAAAGAUUCUCCGAGCUGACACUUUCCUUGGCAUAGAGAACUUGGAGUAUCUCCAAGCUGACUACAAUUUAAUCAAGUAUAUUGAACGGGGAGCCUUCAAUAAGCUUCACAAGCUGAAAGUCCUCAUCCUUAAUGACAAUCUGAUUUCGUUCCUGCCCGAUAAUAUUUUUCGAUUCGCUUCUCUAACCCAUCUGGAUAUACGAGGGAAUCGAAUACAGAAGCUUCCCUACAUUGGAGUUCUGGAACACAUUGGUCGAGUUGUCGAACUGCAGCUGGAAGAUAACCCUUGGAAUUGUACCUGUGAUUUGUUGCCUUUGAAAGCCUGGCUGGAGAAUAUGCCCUAUAACAUUUACAUUGGAGAAGCUAUCUGUGAAACGCCCAGCGACUUGUAUGGAAGGCUUUUAAAGGAAACCAAUAAGCAAGAAUUAUGCUCCAUGGGGACUGGGAGUGAUUUUGAUGUGCGCAUUCUGCCUCCAUCCCAGUUGGAGCCUGGUUACAGCACGCCUAAUGGCCACACUACGCAAACGUCAAUGCACAGAUUAGUCACAAAGCCUCCGAAAACUACAAAUCCUUCCAAGAUCUCGGGGAUAGUAGCAGGAAAAGCGCUCUCUAAUCGCAAUCUCAGUCAAAUUGUGUCUUACCAGACCAGGGUUCCUCCUCUAACUCCUUGCCCAAGCCCAUGUGUCUGCAAAACUCAUCCUUCUGAUUUGGGAUUAAGUGUAAACUGCCAAGAAAGAAAUAUAGAAUCAUUGGCCGAACUCGUACCAAAACCUUUCAGUGCCAAGAAACUGCAUGUAAAUGGCAAUUAUAUUAAGGAUGUGGACACCUCAGAUUUCAUUGACUUUGAAGGGCUGGAUUUACUACAUUUAGGCAGCAAUCAGAUUGCAGUAAUCAAAGGGGCGGUUUUCCGCAACCUUACAAAUUUACGGAGAUUGUAUCUUAAUGGCAAUCAGAUAGAGCGGCUGAGUCCAGAAAUGUUUGCUGGCCUCCACAAUUUGCAAUAUCUGUAUUUGGAAUACAACGUUAUCAAAGAAAUUUUAGCAGGCACCUUUGACUUAAUGCCAAAUUUGCAGUUGCUCUACUUGAACAACAAUCUUCUUAGAAGUCUGCCGGCUUACAUUUUUGCUGGUGCUCCACUGGCUAGACUGAAUCUGAGGAACAAUCAUUUCAUGUAUCUACCUGUAAGUGGCGUUCUUGAUCAGCUAAAAUCUCUUACACAAAUUGAUUUGGAAGGUAAUCCGUGGGACUGCACUUGUGAUUUGGUUGCUUUAAAGCUAUGGCUGGAAAAACUAAAUGAAGGUAUUGUGGUGAAGGAAUUAAAAUGUGAAACACCUGUUCAGUUUGCUAACAUUGAACUGAAGUCUCUCAAAAAUGAGAUCUUAUGUCCUAAACUUUUAAACAAGCCAUCUGCUCUGUUCACUAGUCCUGUGCCUGCUGUCACUUUUACUACACCGUUGGGUCCAAUUCGAAGUCCUCCUGGUGGCCCAGUUCCAUUGUCCAUCCUAAUCUUAAGCAUACUAGUUGUGCUUAUUUUAACAGUGUUUGUUGCUUUUUGCCUUCUUGUCUUUGUGCUUCGGCGCAACAAGAAACCAACAGUAAAGCACGAAGGAAUUGGGAACCAAGAGUGCAGUUCCAUGCAACUGCAGCUAAGAAAGCACGACCACAAAUCAAACAAAAAAGAUGGACUGGGCGCAGAGGCCUUCAUUCCUCAAACCAUUGAGCAGAUGAGCAAAAGUCACACUUGUGGCUUAAAAGAAUCCGAAACAGGCUUCACAUUUGCUGAUCCACAAGGGCAAAAAGUCAUUCUGAGAAAUAUUACCGACAAGGAAAAGGAUUUAUUGCAUAUGGAUGCCAGAAAAAGACUGAGCACAAUUGAUGAACUGGAUGAGUUGUUUCCUGGGAGGGAUUCCAAUGUAUUUAUUCAGAAUUUUCUUGAAAGUAAAAAGGAAUACAACAGCAUAGGGGUCAGUGGCUUUGAAAUACGUUAUCCAGAGAAACAACAAGACAAAAAAAUCAAGAAGUCAUUAAUAGGUGGUAAUCAUAGUAAAAUUGUAGUAGAGCAAAGAAAGAGUGAAUAUUUUGAACUGAAAGCUAAACUUCAAGGUUCACCUGACUACUUACAAGUCCUUGAAGAACAAACAGCUUUGAAUAAAAUAUAAGUCAUGCAAACUUAUUUCUUACAGAGGACAUCUAUUUAAUGAUAAAAGUGCCUUUUGUUGACUUUUAACUUCCGAAUACUAUAUUAUAUUGGUAGGCAUAGAGGCAGGUAUAUCCAAGGGUAUCUGUCUGUAGCUGCAUAUGAUUCGUCAAGUAGAGGAGAAUUUCCUUAAUAGAUUUUA